GCCCGGGAAUGCUGCCCCCAACGGCUCGACAGCAAGCGAGGUUUAGCGGUCGAAGCGCUGUGCCACGCCACUCAACUUUGUAGCUCGUAUGGUCUGUUUUCUGUGUGCCCGUGUUAUUUGCUCGUGAUCGCCAACCCCUCCAAAUAUGAAAUGUUUCACCCUGCCGACGGGGGAACACUAAGUAGUCCGCUUCGAAAGAUGGAGGAUUCAUCAUGGCAAGCAGUCUGUUUGCAGGUCAACAACCGUGAGACCCGCACCACCACGCUAUUGACAACGCGGGCCCUAAGAAUAGACACAAAGAAGCUUCCAAGGGGAUCGGGAUCGCCAAGAGGACGGUCUGACGGGUGGCAAUCUCUUGUCCGUCGUCGCCACCCAUCGCGUUUCGGUGCUCGCGCUAGAGUAAUGUGGUCGCUGAGAAGAAAAGAUGAUCGCAAGAACAGACAGAAAGUCUGGGCAUGGUAUCCUGGUGUCCACUGGGCAUGUGCAUGGUCUAGUCAGCCAGCCGGCUUACAGAACCGCGCUGGUCACGCCGCUGCCAACAAGUCAGGCUGCAGGCCAUGCCCGCUCAGAGCAUGCUGGAGCCAGUCGGAAGCGGCCAUGCUGCAGGCUUGGACGGACGUGUCGGACGUGUCGGACGAACGACUGUCGCCUGGGCCCGCCAAGCGUUCACAGCCGCAGUCUCCACCUGGUGACCAGGCACAGUUGCAUAGUCCGCGCCCGCCCCAUGAAGCAGCAGCGUCCAGUCCAGUGUUGGCAGACGAAACCUCGGUGCUGAUCGUGCGAACCAUCCCUGCCUACUUAGGCAUUGUGUUCAAAUCACGCCUAUACCUUGUCUUGUACCACAAGUCUUCAUCCCGCCCCGUCUCGUGGCCCACCUGUUGUACUGGCGAGCAUGUGGAUGUGCGGGUCGUGGCGAUAGGCUGUUGGUCUCACCUAGAGCGUGCCCUGACAAGACUCGCUGCAAGCACCUUGUUGAUCGGCAGCGCGAUAUCUUCGCCUCUCAGAUUGCAGAUCAUCGUUGUCUGCUAA